UUGACCAAGAAGACAAUUCAGAAUCGGGAAAUCAUUUUCAUUUUGGAUUCAACAAGCUUAGCUAGCGGCUCUCUCACUCUAAUCUCUGUUGCUCUGUCAAGCACCUAUCUCCGCCGGCAAAGAUGAAGAUUAUGGUGGCCGUGAAACGAGUGAUCGACUAUGCCGUCAAAAUAAGAGUGAAGGCCGACAAGAGCGGAGUGGAGACUCAAAACGUCAAGAUGUCGAUGAACCCAUUCUGCGAGAUAGCUCUGGAAGAGGCUCUUCGAAUCAAGGAAGCAGGAUUGGCAUCUGAAGUGGUCGCCGUCACUAUGGGCCCCAAGCAAUCCAUCGAUACGUUGCGGACGGGUCUGGCCAUGGGCGCCGAUAGAGGGAUUCACGUGGAGGCCACUGGCGAUUUGUUUCCUCUUGCUGUGGCUAAGCUUUUCAAAGCUCUUGUUGAGAUAGAGAAGCCCGGUCUGAUUAUUCUAGGAAAACAGGCGAUUGAUAAUGAUUGCAAUCAAACUGGGCAAAUGGUGGCAGGACUUCUAGGGUGGCCUCAGGGGACAUUUGCUUCCAAGGUCGUGCUUGACAAGGAAAAACAGGAAGUAAUGGUGGAUCGAGAAGUUGAUGGUGGUCUGGAGACUGUGUGUUUAAACUUACCAGCAGUUAUCACCACCGAUCUAAGACUGAACCAACCUAGGUAUGCGACACUGCCCAACAUUAUGAAAGCAAAAUCAAAGCCCGUCAAGAAAUACACCCCGGAGGAGCUGAACGUUGCUACGAAGUCCGAUCUAGAGGUUGUUGAAGUCACAGAGCCGCCCAAGAGGAAAGCAGGGGUGCUAGUAUCUUCCGUGGACGAGUUGAUUGACAAGCUUAAAAAUGAAGCUCAUGUCAUCUAAUGUCGAUUGUAAUUUACUUUCUGAGUGAGCACAAUCCAAUUGUCCUACAAGUCUAAAACAGGGGUUUCAUGUGAUCUCUGGGGAAAAAAAGCUUUGUUACUUACCUGACACCAUUUUCAGGUUGAAUAAACUUUAGAAGAUAUGUUCAUCUGUAGUGGGGAGUUUGUGUGGUUUUGGUCGGUUGGUGGAUCUUUGUUCAGGAGAUGGGAAGUAGGUAAACAAAGAUAGGGCAUUGCUAUUCGUCGCCCUAAAAUUUCUUAUUUGUCGCCCUAAUUAAACUAAAUUUACUUUAAUGUCCUUUGUUUCAUUUAUUCAGUCG